AUGAGCUCAAAGGGCGUCCAAGCAUUGUCAUAUGCCCAAAGGGCUGAUAAUUACACCAAUCCCGCUGCGAAGGAGUUGCUUCUCACCAUGGAACGCAAGAAGUCCAAUCUUUCCGUCAGCGUGGAUGUGACGAAAUCAAGAGAUUUCCUAGCAAUCAUUGACGCCGUAGGGCCAUAUGUCUGUUUAAUCAAGACUCAUGUUGAUAUACUUGAAGAUUUUGACUUUACGUUGAUUGAAAGCUUGCAAGCUUUGAGCAAAAAACACGACUUCAUGAUCUUCGAGGACAGAAAGUUCGCAGACAUAGGAAACACAGUUGCGUUGCAAUAUUCAAGUGGCGUGCAUCGCAUCGCGAGUUGGUCGCAGAUCACGAAUGCCCACUCAGUCCCUGGUCCAUCCAUCGUCGCAGGGCUUUCUUCAGUAGGCCUACCCCUCGGACGGGGUCUCCUCCUCUUGGCAGAAAUGAGCACCGCGGGGAGCCUUGCUGUGGGCCAAUACACAGAAGAGACUUAUCAGAUGGCUCGCGAUCACCAGGACUUCGUAAUUGGGUUCAUUGGACAGAGGCGCCCCACCGGCGAGGGAGGUGAGGAUUUCCUAGUCCUGACACCCGGAGUAGGAUUGGAUGUGAAGGGAGAUGGUAUGGGGCAGCAGUAUAGAACGCCUCGCGAAGUCAUCUUGGAGUCAGGCUGCGAUGUGAUUAUUGUAGGACGAGGGGUAUAUGGGAAAGAUUACAGCUUGACUGAAGCCAUCGCGCAGCAGGCGGAGAGGUACCGUGACGCGGGGUGGAGCGCAUACUUAGAAAGGUGUAAAUCGUUAAUUGGUUCAUUAAACUAG